GUUGUGCCACUACGACCUGGCCCGGUCCGAAGCCAUUCUCACCGCUCAGCACCACUCAGCUCAGUACCAGGUGUGUGUCGACACCAGGUUUGUGGAGCCGUUCCAAGCCCAGCUGAGGUCUUGCUACAUGGUCUUGGGAGAGGCUGAACACAGGGAAGGUGAAGGUCCUGUGGUAAAGGCGCGAAUAUUGACCUGCAUGGAAGGGCUGAAUGUGUCCUUGCUGGAACAAGCCAUACAGGAGCAGAGGAAAUACUUCAAGGAGAGGCAGGAGCAGACAGGAGACAGCACAUCCUGCCAGCAGCUCUGA